CUCCACCUGGCAGGAGCACCCAGGCCUGAGCGUGGAGGAACUGGUCCUGGGGACAACAUGGUCUCCGCGGUGGCCCGUGGUGUCCUCACUGCUCUGCUGCUGCUCCUGGGGCCCAUGCCCGUGGUGGCCCACUCCGUGCCCGUGCAGGCCGCCUUCCUGGAGGAUGCGGCGGGUAGCGGGGAGGCCGAGGGCUCAUCGGCCACGUCCCCGAGCCUCCCACCGCCCCGGACCACCCUGAGCCCCACGUCAGUGGGGCCACAGCCCACGCUGCGGGCGGGCCCCGCGCCCCCCAGCAACUUUCUGGACGGGAUCGUGGACUUCUUCCGCCAGUACGUGAUGCUCAUCGCUGUGGUGGGCUCCCUGGCCUUCCUGCUCAUGUUCACCGUCUGCGCGGCCCUCGUCACCCGCCAGAAGCACAAGGCCUCGGCCUACUACCCGUCCUCCUUCCCCAAGAAGAAGUACGUGGACCAGAGGGACCGCGCCGGUGGCCCCCGCGCCUUCAGCGAGGUC